AUGGGUUCACACAACCAUGGCGCUAGCUCCGGCGCAGAGCUCUCCAAUGGUGCCCCGCUGCUGACUGUCAAUGGGAAACCCGUCGAGAAUGGUGUCGUCGACGCGGGAUUGAAGAGCCUAGAUCAUUACCAGAGAGCGCUUCCAAAAUGGCGAUACAACCUACGACAACGACUACUCCCUCUCAUCCGCUGGGAGACCCCAUACUUAGCCAUGCUCCAGGAAAAGUUACGGACACCAGCGUUGGAUAGAUACUUUGCCAUCACGGCCAACCUUGGAACACACACCUUCUUCAUGAUCGGUCUACCAGUCCUCUUCUGGUGCAGUUUCUCUAGCUUCGGCAAAGGCCUUGUCCACAUCCUCGCUGCCGGCGUCUUCUGGACCGGCUUCAUCAAAGAUAUGCUCUCCCUCCCGCGACCGCUCUCCCCUCCUCUCCACCGAAUCACCAUGUCCGGUUCCGCCGCUCUCGAAUACGGUUUCCCGUCUACACACUCCGCCAACGCCGUCUCCGUAACCGUCUACUCGAUCCUCGUCCUCCACAGUGACAAGAACACUUUCUCACCCAGCACGACGUUCGCGCUCGAGCUGCUCGCCUACUUCUACGCCUUCUCCAUCGUCUUCGGCCGCCUGUACUGCGGCAUGCACGGCUUUCUCGACGUCAUCAUCGGUUCCAUCAUGGGCGCCGCCAUCUCCUACAUCGAGUUCUACUACGGCCCGCCCUUCCAAGACUGGCUGUACGCCAGCGACUAUCUCGCUCCCAUACUAUUCGCCAUAACCAUCCUUAUCCUCGUGCGCAUCCACCCCGAGCCGGCGGACGACUGCCCCUGCUUCGACGACUCCGUCUCCUUUGCCGGCGUCAUUGUCGGUCUCGAGAUCGGAACCUGGCACUUUGCGCGGUCAAGGUGGAACCACAUUUACAACGGGCCCAACGCUCUCUUCGACCUCUCGGCCCUAGGCUGGCCGGUGAUUGUCAUUCGUCUCAUCCUCGGCGUCCUCAUCAUCUUUGCCUGGCGCGAAGUAAUGAAGCCUACGCUGCUCAAAGUCCUGCCUCACCUCUUCCGCGUCAUCGAGACCCACGGCCUCUCACUGCCCCGCCGCUUCUUCAUGCCCGCCAGCGAGUACAAGGACGUCCCGCUCAACCUGCGCGACGACGAGGUUCUUCCCAAAGUCAGCGACAUCCCUCGGAUGAUGCGCAGUAUCCGUGGACCUGGGCGUGGUCGAGCGGUCAGUAUUGGACCGCAAAGUGCGGCGGAUGCGUAUGAGACGCUGGCGUAUCGGGAGAGGAAGAGGAGGGAGAGCUUGAGUAGCGAGAAGGGCUCCGGGUUGAAGCAGGCUCAGAGUACUGCUGAGGGCGCUGAUGGAGAGGAGUCCAUGGUUGAUCAGGCUGCGCACUCGUCGGGCGUUGAGAAGUACGAGAGGCAGAUGGGUCAGGGGCAGGUGGUUGUUGAGAGCACAGGGAAUUUGAGCCCAAAUUCAUCGGCCGUGGAGGAGCCAGAGAUGUAUCUGGGCCAGAGGGACGAGUUGGGAGAGAGGGAAAUUUUCUCCAAACUGACGAGGCCGAGAGUGAGGUACGAUGUGGAGGUGGUGACCAAGUUGGUUGUUUAUGCUGGUAUCGGAUGGCUAGCAGUCGACAUGAUCCCUAUAUUAUUCGAGCUCACAGGGUUACUGGGAGCUGGCCAUCUCCCCUUUCCCGUUCCUUCUUCAUGA